CUUUUACUCACACUAUGCUCCGCAAAACCCUUCAAAAACAUCAGCAAUGGCGAUAACGGGGCUAGCUGCAACAACCACAUCUUCGCAAAUCCAUAAACUCCCCCAAGCCGCUUAUAUUGACGCCGUGAAGUGGCUCCCUCCGCUCUCGCCUCUCUCGAAACUCUUUGCAGUUGCCCUCUUUGACACCGACGCUUCCACCCCGUCCCUCCAAACCUUCUCCUUUUCCGACCCAUCUUCUCCCACUCUUUCCCCUCCCCACUCCGUCUGGACCCCACCUUCUCGAAUCUCCUCUCUCGCCUCCUCCGGCCAGUCCCCGUUCCUCGUGGCGGCAACUCUCUCCGGAUCCCUCCACUUGCUCUCUGCAGGCCCCUCUGGGCUCGAGUUGCUGCACGCGGCGGACGAUAAGGGGUUUCACGAGGGACCCAUUUUAGGAAUUGAUGUGGCGGAGAGUGCUGGGGUCGUGAGCGUGGGGGAAGACGGGAGGGUCAAUUUGGUUAAUUUCGGUCGUGGCGGUGAGAGUUUUAGGAGGGUCUUUGAUGGGGAGGGUUUGGUGGGGUUUAACGCCGUUAAAUGGGCGUCUCCGAGUGAGUUUGUGACUGGUGGGUAUGGAUUUGGACUUCAAUGGUGGGAUCUGAGAAGCCCUGGCGGUCCGGUUUCGCAGUUUAAAGGGAACUGGUCUCAAGGAAAAUCUUCUGGGAUGGUUCAUUCAAUUGAUAUUCAUCCAUCAAGAAAACACACUCUUCUGGCGGGAGGUUCAUCAGGUACAAUAUUUGCCUGGGAUCUACGGUGGCAGCAACAACCACUCAUUCUCUCUGGUGUUGGGACUGGAGAUGCUGCUGUCCCUUCAAUAUCUGAAAGUGAGGUUUGGGAGGUUCAGUAUGAUUGCUAUACAAAAUCCUCAAACAUUUCAUCUGCUCGAGUAUUACCUGCCAUGUUCUGCUCAGAGGAUGGUAUCCUUGCUGUUGUUGAACAAGGUGAAGAACCCACUGAGCUUAUGGCCGAACCUUGUGCAAUUAACAGUUUUGACAUUGACAAGCAGAACCCCUCUGAUGUUAUUUGUAGUUUGGAGUGGGAAUCUCUGGCAAUCGUGAUAAGACCAUGAUGUUUAUUUUAUAAUUGGAUGUAAAGUGGGGUUAACCCCUCAGCUUUGAAUCUGUUUGCAUUCUUCUUUCUCGGCAAUUUACCUAAGAAUCAGAGAAAUACCCGGUCUCUUGGUGUAAUGUGACUCCAUUUUGGCCUUGGACGAUGAAUGGAGCAAGUUCCUGCAGAUAACAACUAUGAUGUGAAAUGCAAAGUUGGAGAAGCAGUGACAUUGAUAAUUUUGCUUCCUGUUUAUUCAUGAAUGCAGUUUAUAUGUUGAUUGAAUUGCAGAAAAGCUGUCGCUGUGGGUAAUUUGAUUAUAUAUUUUAACAGCAAAUACAGUUUUAACCAUUUGAUCAUGCUUAAUGAAUGAGAAACUGGAACAAAAGUUCGGAAAGAUGAAAA